CUAUGUUUAUCUUCAUAUACAGCUCAAGCAAUUUCUCCACCCUUGAGAUGUGGUUGUCGGGGUUGAUUGAUCUUCAGUUUUACUUGGCCUACAACUCAGAAGCUUUGCUAUUGCACAAUAUUUGUCAGUCUAUUGCAAUACUGAUUGUGAUGCAGCUUUACAGCUACGAGAGGAGACAGAGCAAGUAUAUUCAAUCUGAUGACUUCAAACUUAUGGAAUUUGGAGCCCUUGGAUUUAUUCAAGGUUUCCUCAUUUGACCCGGUGACAACGUAGUGUAUAUAGCAGUGUUCUAUGCAUCAUCGUCACCAAUUAGUCUCUUUGGUUUCCUUUAUCUGCUCGGUCUUGUCAUUUGUUCCCUUUUACCUAAAGCAUCUCGAAUCCCAUCAAAGUUAUUCCUUCUUUAUACAGGAAUUCUGGUGAUGACAGAAUAUUUCUUUCAGAUGUGGGGUGCCCAGGCAGGAAUGUUUCCUGGACAGAACGACUUUAGUUUAGCCAAGUUCUUGGGUUUUGAGUUAUUUCAGUCAGGCUUUUGGGGUCUAGAAUUGGGUUUAAGUGGGAAAAGUGCUGGUGAUAUCUACUUGUAUCCUUCAAUACAAUGUCUUCCGUUGGUUGCAAAAAGUACCAACUCACAUUUUGAGAACCUUGCCCUCUGUUUGUAUCGGCAGAAGUGUUUAGGGAUUUUUCUAAUUCAAACAGGGAAAGCAAACCACCUGCAGAUUCUCCUGCAAUUCCUUGGGAAGCAAAAUGGCGUGAGAAACAAUUUGUCUUCCUCAGCCUCUGGUUUUUCUCAAGCAUCAAAUAAUGUACCCAAAGCUUGAGGCUCUAGGGGUGGCAGUGCUAGAAAAUACUCCUUUGGAUAUAUUUGGGGAAUCACCAACGAAAGCCACAAAUGGAACAAGAAAAUGAUUAUCACCAUGAGAAGGGAGAGAUUUGAAACGCAGAAGACAAUCUUCAUAGUCUAUAUAAAUUUUUGGAUGGAGAACAUGUUUAAUCUCUUUGGCCUCGAAAUAAACACGGUGGCCUUGCUCCUUGCCUCCUUUGCUUUGUUAAAUGCCAUUCCAAUGCUAUAUAUUGCACUUCUCGCUGCCUGCAUACUUCUAAAUCGCAAUGCCAUUCGGAAAUUAUGGCCAGCACUUGUCUUUUUGCUUGCUUCCAUUCUCGUCCUACAAUACUUUGUCAUUUGGAAGAGCACACCAUCUGCCAAUACACAAACAUCAAGCAAGGCUGAGUCUGUAUUUCCUUUCGAAUUUUAUGAUUCUCCUGCCAGUAUGAAUGCUGAAAGUCUUCAUGUGAUGAAUUCAGCUGAUCAUUCAUUUGAGUUUUCCCAUUGCGAGAUCAUUGAGGCUGAGAAGGAUGGUGGAGGUUCUUUAUAUGAUUCAGAUAAGAAAGAGAGAGCCAGAGGUCAAGCUGAGGAUAACUCUAUAGUUUCUGCUGUGCAGCUUUUAGGAGAUGGCGGUUAGUUCUCUUGUAACCUUCCCGAACAUCAAGCCAGAAGACAUGGAUGCUAGAGGCACAAUCAAGCAGUCUCCCCUGCACCCGAUUAACAUUUUUUCUAUUGCUUCUGGACACCUGUAUGAACGUUUUUUGAAAAUCAUGAUCUUGAGUGUCCUCAAGAAUACACAGCGCCCUGUAAAAUUCUGGUUCAUAAAGAAUUAUCUCUCCCCACAAUUUAAGGAUGUGAUCCCACAUAUGGCUCAUGAGUAUGACUCGCGCCUCAACCCACUCGAAACUUACGCGUCUCUACCCCCAUCCCCGAGAAGGGUGGGAUUUGAACCUCACCUCCCCCUUCCAAGUUGGAAGGGUGGCCCACUGGCGAACCCCAGUGGUUGGAUUAAGUCAUAUUAA